AUGCCCAACCUGGUCAUCUCGGACAUCCAUUCCUUGAAGAGGAACGAAGCCCUGGAUAUUCUGUCUCGGAUUACACGCGUCGAGAAGAAGACAUUCCCGACCAAUGAGGCAUUCGGCUUCGGCGAAGACUUGUGGAGAAAGAAGCCCAACACGCGAGUGCUCUACGCGACGGACGGAGGCCCGGAGAUUAUUGCCUAUGCCGUCUAUGUGCGGCAGAAGGGGGUAGCUCUCCUACACAAGGUGUGCGUUGUGUCGACCCAUCGCCGACAAGGUAUCGGGCUGCAGCUUAUGUCCUACAUUCAACAACGACUGCGGAAGGAGGGCUGCCAGAGCAUCCAACUUUGGGUGGACCAGGCCAGGGAGCCCGCCCGGGCAUUGUAUGUCCGCUGUGGAUUCGAGGAGCGUGAGGUGAUCCCUGACUACUACGCCCCUGGGCGCACCGGCAUCCGAAUGGUCCUCGACCUCGACGAGGAACAUGCCAGUUAA